AUCAGUUCAAUAAAAAAAAAAUCUGGAACAUGUCGAAAAAGAGAGCUGGUGAAGAAGUUUCGAAAAGAUUUCAGAAGUGUCACGGUUUAAUUCCCGGUUUACCGUCCGAGUUAGCUAUCGAGUGCAUGAUAAGAGUCCCGUACAAGUUUCAAACAGCUAUGAAGUCUGUUUGCACUUCUUGGUGCAACUUACUCUCUGACUCUUCGUUUAGUAGAGAGCGGAUGAGAUGCGGCAAAGCUGAGCUUCUUCUCUGCUUAGUUCAACCGCUUACGCCGCCAAAACCUAACGCGGUUGAAGAAGGUGAGAAGAAAGAGUUGCUACAGCAGCAACCGCGCGUUUCCGUAACGCCACGGUUUGGGUUAAGCGUUUACAACGCGACUAUGUCCACGUGGAACCGCGUCGCGUUUCCCGAGCAGCAGAUUCCUCUUUUCUGCGAGUGCGUCGCGGUCCAGGCCUCCGGGAAAGUUCUGCUCAUCGGCGGGUGGGACCCGGUGACGUUACAGCCGGUGAAAGACGUCUACGUCCUCGAACUCGCGGGAGAAGGAAGCGGAAGGAGGUGGAGAAAAGGAGCGUCUAUGAAGGAACCUCGCUCCUUCUUCGCGUGCGCUCUCGUAGGUUCGACGAAAAUCUACGUCGCCGGAGGUCACGACGAUCAGAAGAACGCUUUACGUUCAGCGGAAGUGUACGACGUGGUGAGAGACGAGUGGUUGUCUCUUCCUCCGAUGACGGAAGGGAGAGACGAGUGUCAUGGCUUCGCCAUGGGCCCAAAAAUAGCCCAUUUAGAUUUGGACAUGAAAGGCCCAUGUUCGGCCCAUUUAACGGAGCUAGGAUUCUGUGUUUUGAGUGGUUAUGGAACAGAGUCUCAAGGGAGGUUCCGUUCCGACGGAGAAGUUUACGAUCCUGCUACUAACACGUGGUCAAGAGUCGAAAACGUAUGGCCGUUUCAUGAUACUAGCCCUAGAGGCCGCAUAACUGGAGAUAUUAGAGGCUCCUCCUCUAAGUUAUGGUGUUUCGUGGACAGCAAGUUACAGUGGGAGACUGAAGAUGAUUCAGGGAAAUGGAAACUUGAUCUUGAAAGUGUAAAGCUUCCGGUGACCGGAAGCUUAGUUUACGGAGGGGGUUACGGAGGUGACGCGGUGGUGAUGAUUGGCGGAGGAGUGAUGAUGAAGACAGCGACGGAGGAGAGUGUCGGAAAAUGGAGUAGUAUUGAUGACAUACCUUUUGGUUUCUCCACUCUUCCUUUCUCACAUGCUUCAAUCUAUGUCUGA